UAUCGGUUGUGUAUGUGUGCUUGUGUGUGAGUGUGUGUGUGCGCGCGCAUAUGUGUGUCAGUUUGGCAGGCCUGUGCCCAACGCUUCCUCUGGGAUUGAACUGAGGAUAAUCUGCGUAAUCCGGUAAAAACGGCACAAGUCUCCACCCCUCCGUCCAGCUCCCCCCACCCUUUCCGAGCUCUUCUCUAGCGCGCUCCCUGUCUGGUCUCCCAGACGACAGCCGCCUCGCCUCUCGCGCCUCGCACCCCACGACCGUCUGUCCCAUCGCUGUCGGAUACGCUCGCUUCGCUCGGCAUGUGGCACCCGGCUGCGUCGCCUGCCGCUAGCGACACACACGCCCGAGAGGCAGGCAGCUACGUCCACUACACCUCAGUGCCCCUGAGUUCUCCAGCGUCGGUCAUCCCCCCCAUGAGCAGUGGCGGAGGUGUGGGCCACCCGUCGGUCAUCAGCUCGUCGCGGCCGCUGGCCUCUCCCAUGAGCACGCUGGGCUCGCCCAUGAACGGCCUGGCGUCGCCCUACUCCGUCAUCACCUCCUCGCUCGGGUCGCCCUCCGUCUCGCUGCCCUCCACGCCUGGCAUGGGCUUCAGCUCGCUGCACAGCCCACAGAUGAACUCUCUGAACAGUGUAAGCAGCUCUGAAGACAUUAAGCCUCCUCCAGGUCUGUCACUGGGGAACAUCAACUACCAGUGCACCAGCCCCGGCUCACUCUCCAAACACAUCUGUGCCAUCUGUGGAGACCGCUCCUCAGGGAAGCAUUAUGGGGUAUAUAGCUGUGAAGGCUGCAAGGGCUUCUUCAAGAGAACCAUCCGGAAAGACCUCACCUACACAUGCCGGGACAGCAAGGAGUGUCUCAUCGACAAGCGCCAGCGCAACCGUUGUCAGUACUGCCGUUACCAGAAGUGCCUGGCCAUGGGCAUGAAGAGAGAAGGUGUGUCUGUACAGGAGGAGAGGCAGCGAGGCAAGGAGAAGAGCGACAACGAGGUGGAGUCCACCAGCAGUUUCAACGAGGACAUGCCCGUGGACAAGAUCCUUGACGCCGAGCUCGCUGUGGAACCCAAGACAGACACCUACGUGGAGGGAGGAUCCAGCAACUCGACAAACGACCCCGUGACUAACAUCUGCCAGGCGGCAGAUAAGCAGCUCUUUACUCUGGUGGAGUGGGCCAAACGCAUCCCACAUUUCUCCGACCUCCCACUGGACGACCAGGUCAUCCUUCUCCGCGCAGGAUGGAAUGAGCUCCUGAUCGCCUCCUUCUCUCAUCGCUCGGUGACGGUGAAGGACGGAAUCCUGCUGGCCACAGGGCUGCACGUGCACAGAAGCAGCGCGCACAGUGCGGGCGUGGGCUCCAUCUUUGACAGGGUACUAACUGAGCUGGUGUCCAAAAUGAAGGACAUGCAGAUGGACAAGACAGAGCUGGGCUGCCUAAGGGCUAUUGUCCUUUUCAAUCCUGAUGCCAAAGGCCUGUCCAACCCUCAGGAGGUGGAGGCUCUAAGGGAGAAGGUCUACGCCUCGCUGGAGUCGUACACCAAACAUAAAUACCCAGAUCAACCCGGCAGAUUUGCCAAGCUGCUGCUGCGCCUGCCCGCCCUACGCUCUAUCGGCCUCAAGUGUCUGGAGCACCUGUUCUUCUUCAAGCUCAUCGGGGACACGCCCAUCGACACAUUCCUCAUGGAGAUGCUGGAGACACCACACCAGAUCACAUGACCCCAAGCCUCUCCGCCUCCUUUUUUUUCUUUUUUUUGUUUUCUUUUUUUUUGUUUUGUUUUGUUUUAUUUUGCUGAGCGCACACCCAGCGUGGCAGCCCCUGCGAUGAGCACAGUCGGCGGCUAUAAACUACAUGUUUUGUACCAAGCACAAAAUUAUUGAAUAAUGUGAAGGUUUGUAUGAAGACACGGUUGAUGGUUGGGAGAGAGGGAGCGAGGAGGUAGAGGGAGAGGGAGGAGGACGUUAUAGGGAGGGGGGUGGGGUGUUGAGGAACACUGUUGAAAAUUAACUUUAAUAGAUUUGUUGUAAACUUGUUUAAAAGAGGAAAAGAGAGAGGAAAAACAACUUUUUUGUGUAAAUAGAUGAUAUCAGGUAUCUGUGCUAACAGCAAUUCAAUGCAAUAAUGAGAAUUUAUUUUAUUCAAAGAAUAAGUGUACAAAACAAAAAAACUAAAUUUCUUAAACAAAAUGCAUUUUAGAAUUCUGUCUGAAUAAAAAUAUUUAAAUUA